AAGACUGAUGAUGUCGUUCGUCAAUUGUUAUCCUGUUUUCACCUCCAUGUUGAAAUCCCAGCUCGGUGUUUUUUCAUAGCCUCACGUCCUCUCAUCUGAAACAGAUCCGGGUUGUGCGUUGCUUUACGGAAACAGUACCUAUUCCGCAAGCGUUGUUGCAACAUGUGUGCGUCGGAGUUUCUACCUUUUGACGGAGACAUCAAAAUAUCUGUACCGCCUGAAGUGUACAGACUUCACUCUCAUGUGGUUGCUAGGCGCUCCGGUACACUCAAUCGGGCAAUAGAGCACGCACGAGAAAAUGCUCAUCCGUGCACUGACCCGGUUCUCAUUGAGAUGGACCUCGUCGUGGUUCCUGCAGCUGACCGCAGGUAUGGCCGGCUGGAAAUCGAGGCCGUCGCCGGAGUACCGCAGCGCGCACAGCCUGCCGACCUUCUUUCUCCAAAGCUCCGCAAGAUCUGGGGCAAUCUGAUCAAGAGCCUGAGUGGUCAGACGCCUUUCUUGAAGCCUCACAACCCCGACUUGCCAGGAUUGGCAAUUCGCCCAGAUCCGGAUGAGGAGCCUGACGAUAUACUCCACAAUUCCAAGGCCCUCAUUACCCUGGCCGAGGAGCUCGAAGCCACCCAGACUGUGUUCUCAGCUCUGGAAGACGCUUUUGUGGACCUUGGUCACGAUCUUGGGGAAGCGGUGGCCGAGGACCCGAUCCAGUGGCUGUGCAUCUCCAUGACUCUUCGGGAAUCUUGGAUCUUCAAGGACGCAGCCUGCCAUGUGGUCGGCAAAUGGCACAAUCUGGAACCGGAGGUGAAGAUGUCUAUCCCCGAGGCCGCCCGCCGCGUCUGCCAGAGCUACAGUGACGAGCUCGUCCAACGCUGUAAAGCUGUCGAGGAUUUCUUCAUGACCGUCGAGUUUGAGCCCCUGGAGAAUCCGGGCUCAUCUGACCUGCUGGGCUUGAGCCCGCAUAUGUGGGUGGCACUCACUCGGUUCCGAGAAUGGGUGUAUGUCAAUAUCAGCUUGGCAAACGGCUUCCGUGGCGAAGAUGGAGGCUUCAAUUUCUAUCGCUACAUGUAUAACGAGGACGACGAGUACGAUGAAGAUUGGGUCCCCUAUCUUAUGGAAGACGACUGCCCCCAGGAGGAUGUCGACGAGAUUCAUGGAUAUUUGCACAGGCUCAGGGAAUUCUGUGAGGAGGAGGUGGAGCCGCUCUUGGAGUCCAAUGUUAGCCACUCGACUGGCCGAUACUUGACUUGCACCGAGAUCAAGGAUGAGGACAUUCCCUGGGAUGAUGAUGAAUGAGCAUUGCCAUCCGGCAUUUGUGCUAUUAGCUUUCAUUCUCUCAAGCGUCUUCUACACCAACAUGGACAGCUUGGCUCGCACUUCAUCUCGAUACCCCGCCAUCGCCACCGCCUAUCAGUUAAUUUAUCAAUGUUUAAUGUUCAACGUCUCUCCGGCGUUGUUUUUUUCUUGCUUUCCUUUCACCACUACAAUGCUUGUCAACUUGGAGAUCAGUGA